AUGACAAUGGAAAUCUCAGCUCCCCAUCCUCUCGUGAGACUCCCUCGCGUUGCACGGCCCGAUGCUGCCACUCACAUUGGCCCUGUUUUCACGGUGCGUGACGGGGUGAAAAGAAGAAGGAAAGAAAUUUGUGCUGCGGUUGAUGGAAAUUCUUUGAAUAUUUAUGAGGCACAAGAUGGAAACAUAUUGACCUCAUUUCCUGUGCCACCGAAUUCUUCCUUCUCGGGUCCGCCAUGCUCAGUCCGCGUUGCGGUGGACGACAAGCUACAUCGAAGAUCCUAUUGCGCCCUAAAACUACAGUCUCUGCAAAUACAGUUGUUCGAAAGCCUUGACGGAGAACAGCAGCAUGUCAAGUCUGUUAGGAGUCCCCCACUCAACGGACAGGAGCCUGUCAUGCUCGUCGACGUCUUGCCGCAUGCUGGAAACCAAAUUCUGAUUGCCCAGGCUAACGGCAAUUUGACAAUAUUCUCAGCCGAUCUGGAAAGACGAAUUGCCAGGAUAUCAUUGAAUACUAAAGAGCAUCCUUACCUUCAAGUUUUGGCGAUACAGCACCUCACCUCGGCGGAGGCAGAGAAGUCGGUUUUGAAACAGCGAACAGAUUUGCUUAGGGAAGCCAAGGAUAAUACUUCCUACAUCACCCUCGCAUAUAGCAAGGCCCAACCUGAUGAUAAUGAUCAAAGGAUCUUUUACGGUCUCUGGCCAGUCAACACCACCGAAGGAGGCAACCUGCCACAAAUGACAUCCGUUACACCCCUAUUUGAACAUGAAAUUCCACGGCAUGGCAACGCAAAGGAGAGGCGCUGCACUUUCGGCCAACAUGCUUCACAUCUUUAUGUUAAAUGUGGAGCAACAUUUUCCACAUAUGAUCUCUCGAAGAUGAUACCUGCUACAAUUUCUACUUUGGAUACCGCCAUCAAUGGGAGCUUUGAGAUCAUGGCUAUCACUCCAGCAUUCGCCAUUUGCUCUUUCCAGGAAUCUCUGCGGCUCUAUGAUCUCAAAUAUCAAUCGAUCCGACUGCAGCAGGACACCACCAGGACCAACCUUAAACGAAAACGACACAGAAUGACUGCCGAAGGUCAAAUUGGCCCGGUGGAAUUCAUCACAUAUCUGAGCCACUCAGCUCGUGUCAUUGGAAAGCGUCGCCAUCAUCUUGUCGCGAUCGAUAUCUCGCUUUCAGCUGGGUCAAAGGAGCUGCAUGCCGGAAGCCAGCUGAUCCAGAAUAUCGGACUCGGCGUCAAGCUCCACGACGAAGCACAUCGUUUAGGUGGAAACAUUCCAAGACUCGCCAUCGGCUCAUCUGGUGAUAACAGCGUGUCAAGUAAGAGCUGGUCCUCUGUAAGGAAGAGGCUUGAUGAGUUGGCCCAAGCAGGUGAUGCAACAGGGUUUGAAGAGGUAUUUGCCGCGGAUCUCAGGUCCGGUCUGUUGCAAUCGUCCUUGCCGCCACCCAUGAUCGAUGACCUGCCUGCGACUCGCCUUGCAAUUCCAGAUGCCAAAACCAAUUACAUCCUCACCAAGAUCUUCCAUAUUGAGUCGACCGAAGGCACCCCCCAAGAUGCUCCUCCCGAUGCACGGCUAAAGAUCCAGCUUCCGUCAUUCAAGUUGAUCGUCUGGCUUUCGAGGCUGGGGUUACUUUCCCAUAUCGGAGUGAAGCGAGCUGUAUCAUCACAUAGCCCUGGAGCAGCGGAGCUUGUGAAACUCGAUUCUGUGGCAGAGGCACUUCUAGAGGUCGAUCCAAGCCUGAAGUUGCUAACCGAAUGCCUUGAGGCGGGAUUCAGUCCUUACGCCGAGGAGCAAGCUGCGGUUGCCCAGGCGCUUCUGUCGCGGGCAUUAACAGUAGUAGCUGAUGCAGCUCCGGCUUCAAAAUCGGAUGCAACAAGUCACGAAGACGGUGGCAAGCAGGAAAUGCAAAUACAAACGCUGGAAACAUCCACUUCUGAUCCUACGUGGUUGCCACCUCAGCUCCAGACAGCAUUGGUUUUGUCGCUAAACAAGUUGGGUGCCGGUUCGACCAAAACAAUCACACAAAGCUUGAGGUCUCUGUUCAGCCAACGCGAGACAUUGGCUCUGGUCCAGUUUCUACGCCAACAGCUCUUCCAGGGUGGUCACACUCGAUCGUUUCAAAGCUUGCCUCCCAUCGAGGCGCGCAGUAAGGUCUCGGGCAUGCCGCUCAGUGCGAUCAUCAACAUCCUAUCAAGUUGUGUGGAUGCUAUCGGACCUCUGGGCAUCAUCGGCGCGCUAGAAAACGAAGAUUUUGUCGGCAAUAUAAUUCCAGAUCUUGUGACGGAAAUCACUCAUGCCACUGAGAGUCUUGUAGAUGCCACCGAGUUGCGAGGUAUACUACGAGAGACGUUAAGGUACGAAGAAUCAAUACGAAAGCAUGAAAGCGCCGGUGGUCGUCUCCAAGUGGGUGGCCCUGCUGCGAGACUUACCCAACAGCCCGGAAAGAUAGUCACGUUAUACUCGGAAAACACCAAAGAGGACGAUGGCUUCCAGCUGCGCGGCGGACUCCCCCUGGCUCUUCGAGCCGAAAAUGUCAUCAGCCCAUAUAAGGUCAGAAAAGGAGGUGGGCAGGUUUUGAAACGAAGCGCUCGAGAAAUGAGCAUGCUGAAGAGCAUGAGUAAGGGGCAGUAUUCGUUUGAGCGUUUAGUUCUGUAG